AUGCUCCCGACUGCUUAUUUUGUGCCUGAGAAGCUCACCUCCGUGUCAACGCAGAUCGGCCUGGCAGUAGGUCAUCAGGCUGCGAAGCAAGUUGCUGGGUCUAUUGCCUUCUACCGUUACUUCUUCAAAGACUUCAGUGGCUUGGAGUGGUCCACAGUGCAGGAAAAGACCCGAGAGUUUGUGCCACACCUCAAAGCCAAGUUUCCCUUAUACUUUGAAGAGAUCGAAGGGAUCGCGGAAGGUGCUGCCGUGGAUGUUCUCGACGUUAUUGCGUUGAACAUACGAAGCGAGAUCGCUUUUGGUCUCUUUGAAACGGAGUCGACACAAACAACGCCAAGUGCAUCAUUUGAAAUGGCAGUAGAUGGAUGCACUGCACUAGGUUGGAAGAUUCCUGGAGGGUCUACAUUUCUCUCACAAAAUUGGGACUGGAAGCAUGAGCAGAAACCAAACCUGAUCAUCAUUCGCGCCAAACCGCACGGUGGGCCCGGCAUCGAUCUGCCAGCUUUCCAAAUGAUCACCGAAGCAGGUAUCAUCGGGAAGAUUGGAUUCAAUGAGCACGGUGUGGGAUGUCUUCUUAACGGCAUCCGCGCCAAGGGCGUCAACUCGGAACGAAUGCCAACCCACUUCGCUCUUCGGACCAUUCUGGAAUCCAGGUCGAAAAGAGAGGCCUUGGAAAGGAUUCAGAGCGUGGGCUUAGCCGGAAGCAGCCACAUUCUCCUCGGCGACAACUCGGGUCCCACUGGCCUCGAGUGCACCAGUAUUGGAUUCAGGGAGCUGCCGGCUGAUGAAAAUGGCCGUGUCGUUCAUGCUAACAAUUUGAUCUUGGAGCAUGAGAAUGUUUUUGAGCCACUCUGGCUUGAAGAUUCGCCGAAACGUACCGCCCGUAUGAGAGAGCUUGCAACGCUAGAUGUUGGCAAGAAUGCCGGCUUCGAGUCCUUGUUAGAGCUAUUCAAGGAUGAACGAAACUUCCCGAGCUCUAUCAACAGGAAGCAAGUCGGGAAGAAUGACUCUGGUACUCUUUUCAAUGUCGUGUUUAAUCUCACCGAAAGAAAACGCAUCAUUUCUGUUGGUCGAACAACGGAGAUUGAGGAGCAGAUCGAGAUUGGAUUUUAA